UCAUAACAGUGAGUUUGGCAACACGUGGUCUUCCCUUUUGUCCAAAUUCUCCGACUCUGAAGUCUUGAAGACGUUACUCAACCCAAGCCUCUUCCUUUUUUCGUUUAUUUAAAGAGAAAAAAAGCAGGAGGUCAGUUUCCGCCUGUCGGUGCCGGUGGACGUGAGAUUCGGUCACAUGGAGAGCAAGAACACCGAGGACUGGCUACCUGCGGGAUGGACUGUGGAGGUUCGAGUGAGAAAGAAUGGUAGAAAAGACAAGUGUUACUUAGCUCCUUCAAGUGGCCUUAAAUUUAAUUCCAGGGUUCAAGUGUCUCGCUAUCUUAAUGACAGCCAUCCUGUGCCUGAAGAGAGGAGUAAAAGGCUUCACAAGGAAACCCCAAAAGAAGUCAUAGUCAAGAAGGUUGUGGCAGAAGGGUUACCUCCAGGAUGGAUCAAGGAAAUUAAAGUGACAAAGAAGGGCUGCAAAGUUAGAAGUGACCGGUACUACACUGAUCCUGUAAGUGGAUAUGUAUUUCGCUCUAUGAAAGAGGUGUCUUGCUAUCUUGAAUCUGGGGAAUUAGGACCGUACGCGUUCAAACCUAGGAACAAAGGCUGCAGCAAUGCUGAACUGGAAGAUGAUAGCUCCUGUUCACCAGCCAUAGCCGAGAAGCAGAAGUUGGAUGUUGAUGUAACAAGGAGACAGAUCACUGGAGGUCAGACUUCAAAAAUUUGUGAGAUAGUGAAGAAUGAAGAGAGAGACACUCUUGCCUGUAGGGGAAAUUGUAUACCUUCCUCUGAACAUUCUUCUAACCAGUGUAAGAUGGAACUCAGGAAUUCAGAAUCGCCAGAGCACAAGGACUUGAAGCAAAUUGAGCAGGGAAGUGAUUCUGCUAUAGAUAUCACACCUGCAGUCUCUGAAGGUGGGCGGGGGACAGAACUAAAGAGAUCAGAAUUACAAGAGAACAAGGAUUUGAGGCACAUAGAACGGGUAAAUAAGUCUGCUACAAAUACACCUCCUGCAGGCCAUGAAGUUGAUAUUAUUCCAGAUGUGCUAUCACUGGAAACUAGGAUGAGUAGUGGCAAAACUAAAAGGACCAAUCCUCGCAAGCGCAAAUCCAAGAAGAAAAUAGGUACUCAGUUGCCUUGCCGGGCUUCAAAGCGACUUGCUGGAAUCACUCUUGAUCCAGUGCCAGAGCUAAAAAUGGCUAAUCAAGCUCACCGAGUUACAGCCAAACCUUCUGAUAGGGCGACAGCAGGUGCAGCUCGGGAUUCUUCAGCAGGUGCAGCUCGGGAUUCUUCCACUGGGCAUGUAGCUUGUGAUCAGCUCGAGUCAGAGCAGAAAGUGAGGUGCACAUCUUCAAUGAGUAUAGGAGUGUCACUGGAUUCAUCAGAUAAGAGUAAACAUUUCGCUGGGAACUCGGCUAAUCCAACUGAGGGAGGUGGAAAGGCAGAAACAAAAGUUAAGGCUGAUAAAAUGCAAGGACACUCGGGUGUUUCACCACACGGAAACCUGGCUAUUAUGGAAGAGAAGGUUGAAACUGAAAUAAAUAGCAGUGAUGAGCCAGGAGAGAGCCUCAACCUGCCUUUGGCGGAAUUAUGGUCAGACCCGUGCAUUGCAUUUGCUAUAAAAACUCUCACUGGUGCAACCUUCGAUGCUUCCACCACUACAGAAGGGUCCCUGGGGUCUAACGGUAGUGAAGUUGGGGCUGACAAGAAUCAAGUAUCCACAGUUCUGCCUCUGAAGAAUCUACCUGUUCCAGAAGAAUUUGCUAGAAAGAUUGAAAUCAAUGACAAUGCUCAUGAGAAGCCAGGAUCCCCACUCAAUUUGCCUUUUGCCAAUGUGUGGACGGACCCAUGCAUUGAUUUUGCAAUAAAAACCCUUACCGGUGCUAUUCCAUUGGACUGUGGUAUGGUUAGUCUGGAUUGCUUUUCACAGCAAGUUGGUUCAUCACAAACCCAAGAAAGUACCGGUUUUACCUUACCUAAUGCAGGCGAGAUUUGCCAAACCGAUCUUUUGUGCCAGCAAUAUGCAGCUGUGGAUAAACCUUCACUUGAAGAACAAGCCCUUGUGGAGCAUGCGUUGCCAGUUGCUGGAAACGUGAACCUCCAGUACGCUGAUAGAACUAAUAGAACUAACUGACGCCAACUGGAUGAAGAUGGCCGGAAUGGAAACCAAAGGUAGGAAAUCCACAUUUAGCUAUUUGUAAUGUACAUAUAGGACAAACUGGAUUUUUGCAGAGUUCAUCCCUGACUUUGUCUGGUUACGGCUUGGCACCAUGUCCAUUGAUGUAUUUAGUUAUAUGUAACCUUAUGGUCGGCUUGUAGUCAUCCUCAAGUUUGGAAGCAAACAUCAGGUUGUGAUUGUAACUGUUAAUCCAACAUAUUUGUCCUCCAUCUUCUUCAUCUGGUGAAGAAUGUACGAUCAGAGUAUUUGUAAUAUUAUAUCUGUUAAUCCAACAUAAUUGUCCUUC